AUGGCCGACUCCGACGAAUGGACAAUCCCAAAUGCCUCAGGCGCAAUCACCAUCUCCCUCAUCCCUCCCUCAUCCUUUCCAGCCUCCAAGUCCGCCGAAUCAUUUCAUCCGACAUACACUCAUCAAUUCUUCGAGAAUGAGGCAAUAUACGGCUACAAGAAUCUCGCUGUCAAUCUCAAAUUCCGCCAAGAUGACAUGUCGCCUUCUUUAAAAGUCACUUAUGACGAAAAGUUAUCUGCGCCCGGUGGAUCAAAUGGUGGUGAUGAAGUAACUAUCGAUGAAGUCGAGGAUGUUUUCAAAGAGUAUCUUCCCGAGGGAACUCCAGAAUCCCUAGCUGUCGCACCAUCAACAUUUACACCCCCCGGCACCAUCAUCCACACAUACCCGAGCACCUCCACGUCCUCCACCUUCGAAAUCUACCAUACAAACCUCUCCAACCCCACCGCACAAGCUAUCAUCAAAAACAGCCAACUCCUGGUCCCCCUCUUCAUCGAAGCCGGUAGCGCGAUCGACCUCUCCGACCCCGAAGAAUACCUCCGUGAUCGCUGGGACGUCUUCUUCCUCUAUGAACAUCUAUCUAACGACCAAUUCUCGUUUGUCGGCUACUGCACAGUUCACAAAUACUGGUACUUCACAUUAAAUCACAUGGACGAGAAGGAGUUUCCACAUCAAUACAGAGCCAGGGUCUCCCAAUUCCUGAUCUUAGCGCCAUACCAAGGAAACCAACAUGGCAAGACGCUUUAUGAAAUAAUUGUGGACGAGUAUCUAUCUAGUGACAGAGUCAAGGAAAUUGUGGUUGAAGAUCCAUCGGAUAGAUUCGAAAAACUGAGAGACUUGUGUGAUUAUCAGAGGUUAAAGAAACAAUCGCUCAUAAACGACGAAGCUGUUGAAACGUUGUUGGAGAGGAAGAAAUCUCGAGAAUGGAUUGAUACCGAAAGAGCCAAGGCUAAAAUGCCGAUGAGACAAUUCCAACGAAUCAUCGAGUUGAUGCUCUUGGAACAUAUUCUCAUUACCAAGGGACCUAAAUAUGAUGAACAACUUGAGAGGUAUAUGACAUAUGUGAAGGAUAGACUGUAUAGACAUAACAAAGAUAUUCUGAUGCAGCUGGAGAGAGAAGAGAGAAGCGAGAAGCUCCAUGAGACAUAUGAGAGAGUCCAUAGCGACUAUGAAGCCUAUCUAGCGACCUUAGGAUCAGUGGCUGUGCAAACCAAGAAAGCCUCGAAGGGCAAGAGAGUUAUCGCCGGGAAGCGACCCGCGGGCUUCAUAUCCACUGUCGAGGAAGAUGAGGAGGAGGAAGAACUUCUCCCGCCGACGAAGAAGACCAAGGUGACGAAAUGA